AUGGCUAUUCACCCGCGACUUCGCCCUGAGGGCUCUGCGACCCUAUCGCCUCAGCAAGCUCUGGCAAUCUCGGCGUGGUCAGAGCAACAUGCAGUGGCGUCCCUGCAGGACAUGACCCUCGGGGACUCCCCUGCAGACCGAACCCCUUCCACACCGACUCCAACACGCUCAACUCUACGCGGUGCCACCGUGUCGCUGUCGAUUCCGCUCGACGACGAAGCCGCUCCCGCAGCACAGACCGAGUCGCGUCCCCCGCAGGUCAGCUUCAGACGCCGCGAGCCUCUGCAGCGUGAUAUCGGGAAGCGACGGGAAGCCCUCCUCAAGGGUAAGGAUGGGAGCCGGCGGAGACAGCGCUGGGAGAACGAUCGCCUGUUGCACAACCCCUGGGCCGAACCCCCAUCUUCCAAGGACUGGGAUAUCCAGCCUACAUAUACCCGCCAUGACCCCAUGCCUUAUUACCUUGCGCCGUUGUGGGACGUUCACUACUCUCAUAAAGUAGACCAUCAGUCGGCUAUGAAGACGGCCAAGGGUGCUGAGAAGCAUCAUAUCCCCAAGGAACUCCGGUUGAAGUUGAAGCAUGCACGUGCUGCACGUGGCAUGCUCCAAGACCUGGAGGAAGAGAUUCGUCUUUUCAUUCGUAAGUGGAACGAGAAGCAGGUCCUGUUGCGGAACGAGGGCUUGCAAGAUGCUCCGGACUCGGCCAGUGAUUCGGAAGACGAGAUUGUCUUUGUUGGGCGCAAUGGCCAGAUGCACGACGCGCCUGAGCGGAAGGAGAGACUUCGUCAACUGCGGGAAGAGAUGAGCUCUCACAGUGAGCGCGAUGGUGAGAAGAUGGUAUAUGAGAGUCCGGUAGAUGAACGGGCAGCUGGAUUUGGUCGUUGGCUAGUUCACUCCAUCGCCUCAUACUAUGGGUUGCAUACCUGGUCAAUCACAGUAGGCGACCGGCGAGAAGCCUAUGUUGGCUUCCGACCUCCGGUCCCGGGAAGCCGGGCUGGGCUCCUCUCUCAGCCGGCUUGCAGCACAGAGGCCCUGGUUAAGCCAGGAGAGGAUUUGCCUCAGCCUCUCUAUGCGCAAGUUUAA